AUGGGUCCUUCUACCGCUGCUACUGAGGAAGGGCAGCCACGUCAACUUCCCGUAACUGAUGUGGUCCAAGGAAACGUCGCUGCGCCGGAGAAAACCACUACAGCGAGGGCUGCACAAGCGAGAAAGCGGUUUGUCGGAACUGGCCGCAAAACCGGAGCCUCAACAGCCUCAAAUAUCUCAGGCAAUAUCGAGGAUGCUCUUGUACCAGCGGCCUCUCCCAGCGCCAAACUUGGACCGCGAAUAGCGAACCAGAUACCCGAUAGCAUCUUAAACGACGAAGCGCUCAACAAAGCCAUAGCACAGCUUCCGUCGAAUUACAACUUUGAAAUCCACAAAACGAUAUGGCAGAUAUCCAAACAGGGAGCGAAGAACGUCGCUUUGCAGUUCCCUGAAGGGCUGCUCAUGUUCUCACUCGCCAUAUCGGAUAUCCUGCAACGCUUCGCCCAGGUGGAGACGGUUGUCAUGGGAGACGUGACUUAUGGUGCAUGUUGUGUCGACGAUUUCACUGCUCGGGCGCUCGGAUGUGACUUCAUGGUACACUACGGACACAGUUGUCUGGUUCCUGUUGAUGUUACACCUAUCAAGACAAUGUAUGUCUUUGUGGAUAUCGGCAUCGAUACGACACACUUUGUAGAGACCGUACGACACAAUUUCGAUGCGGGAACGAAGCUUGUGGUGGUGGCGACGGUGCAGUUCUUGUCAUCGUUACAGAGCGCGAAGCGAGAGCUAGAGCAGGAUUAUGGUGUGUUCGUGCCUCAGUCGAAGCCUCUGUCACCGGGAGAAAUCUUGGGUUGCACGGCUCCGCGCCUGGAAGGGCAUGACGUCCUAAUAUAUCUGGGCGACGGCCGUUUUCACCUGGAAGCCAUUAUGAUUGCUAAUCCGACCUUGCCGGCAUAUCGCUACGACCCAUACUCUAAAGUGUUUACUCGCGAGCGGUACGAGCACGAGGAGAUGCACGCUUUGCGAAAGCAUGCGGUGGAGCAGGCGCAGAACGCCAAGCACUUUGGACUCAUCAUGGGCACCCUUGGAAGACAAGGCAGCCCGAAAGUUUUAGAGUACCUGAAAGCAGAGCUCACAUCCCGCAAUCUGAGCUAUACGACAGUCCUCCUAACCGAAAUUUUCCCGUCCAAACUCGCCCAAUUCGCCUCCAUCGACGCCUGGAUCCAAGUCGCCUGCCCGCGGCUAUCAAUAGACUGGGGGUACGCAUUCGAGAAGCCGCUUCUGACUCCUUACGAGGCGGCUGUUGUGCUGAGCAACACGGCUUGGCGGGAAGCAUACCCGAUGGAUUUCUAUGCGAAGGACUCGUUAGGUCCCUGGACGCCUAACCAUGGAGGGCCGGCGAAGGAGAGGAAACCGAGACCGGCGGGACGGCGUACUGCAGCGGCUGCUGUACAGGCAGUUCCAACAGCCUCGGAGGCUGUUGUCACCUCUUCCUGA